CCCCUACUCGCCGCCCGGAGAUCCCCUGCCUCCACCGAGUUCAGAAAUGUCCAAAAAUGACAAAGAACCGUUUUUUGUGAAGUUUUUAAAGUCUUCAGACAAUUCUGAAUGUUUUUUUAAAGCUCUUGAGUCAAUAAAAGAAUUCCAAUCAGAAGAAUAUCUUCAGAUUAUUACAGAAGAAGAGGCAUUGAAAAUAAAGGAAAAUGAUAGAUCACUGUAUAUCUGUGACCCCUUUAGUGGUGAUGCCUUUGAUCAUCUCCAAAAGCUUGGUUGCAGAAUUGUUGGUCCUCAAGUAGUCAUAUUUUGUAUGCACCACCAGCGAUGUGUCCCAAGAGCUGAACAUCCAGUUUAUAACAUGGUUAUGUCUGAUGUAACCGUGUCUUGUACAAGCCUGGAAAAAGACAGAAGGGAAGAAGUUCAUAAAUAUGUACAAAUGAUGGGUGGACGUGUAUACAGAGACCUUAACAUAUCAGUAACUCACCUUAUUGCAGGAGAAGUUGGUAGCAAAAAAUACUUAGUUGCUGCAAACCUAAAGAAACCUAUUUUGCUUCCUUCUUGGAUAAAAACACUUUGGGAGAAGUCGCAGGAGAAGAAAAUAGCUAGAUAUACCGAUAUAAACAUGGAAGACUUCAAGUGUCCUAUUUUUCUUGGUUGCAUAAUCUGUGUGACUGGCUUAUGUACCUUAGACAGGAAGUCAGUUCAGCAGCUCACAGUAAAGCAUGGAGGACAGUACAUGGGACAGUUGAAAAUGAAUGAGUGUACACACCUCAUUGUGCAAGAACCAAAAGGUCAAAAAUAUGAAUGUGCCAAGAGAUGGAAUGUACACUGUGUGACCACGCAAUGGUUUUUUGACAGUGUUGAGAAAGGUUUUUGUCAGGAUGAAUCCAUAUACAAGACAGAGCCUAGAUCAGAAGCAAAGAGUAUGCCUGAUACUUCAACUCCUACUGGCCAGAUCAACACAAUUGAUAGUCGUACUCUUUCAGAUGUCAGCCAUAUUUCCAACAUCAAUGCAAGCUGCAUAAAUGAAUCAAUAUGUAAUUCAGUUAAUAGCAAACUGGAACCUACAGUUGAAAAUCUGGAAAAUUUGGAUGUCAGUGCAUUUCAGGCACCUGAAGAUUUAUUAGAUGGUUGUCGGAUCUAUCUUUGUGGUUUUAAUGGCAGAAAGCUAGAUAAACUGAGAAGACUUAUUAACAGUGGAGGUGGAGUUCGUUUUAAUCAGCUCAAUGAAGAUGUAACUCAUGUUAUUGUGGGAGAUGAUGAUGAUGAAUUGAAGCAGUUUUGGGAUAAAUCAGCCCACAGGCCUCAUGUAGUGGGAGCAAAAUGGUUGCUAGAGUGUUUUAGUAAAGGUUAUAUGCUUCCUGAAGAGCCAUACAUCCGUGUUAACUACCAGCCAAUGGAAAUUCCAGUUUCAGAUCAACCUGAAAGUAAAACAGCCCUUUUAAAAAGGAAGAACAGCAGCUUCUCUAAGAAUGACUUUGCUCCUGAGGAAAAGCAUGAGCAAGCUGAUGAAGAUCUACUCUCUCAAUAUCAGACUAAUAACCCAACAGUAGUUGAAGUUGGGCUCUGCAGUGACUAUACUCAUGUGGAGCCCCUUAAUGAUUCUACUCAUAUUUCUCUGCAAGAACACCAGUCUUCCAUCGGUCAUUGCCUCCCUGAUGUUUCUACAGUUACCGAAGAAGGUUUAUUUAGCCAAAAGAGUUUCUUAGUUUUGGGUUUUGGUAAUGAAAAUGAAUCUAAUGUUGCAGCCAUCAUAAGAGAAAAUGCUGGAAAAAUUGUGUCCCUUCAGAGCAGAGUUGUUGCUGAUUAUGCUGUGGUUCCUCUGCUGGGGUGUGAAGUACAGGCGACUGUGGGAGAAGUUGUAACAAACACAUGGCUGGUAACUUGUAUAGACUACCAGACUUUAAUUGAUCCAAAGUCAAAUCCUCUCUUCACACCAGUUCCAGUUAUGGCAGGAAUGACUCCUUUAGAGGAUUGUGUUCUUUCAUUCAGCCAAUGUGUAGGAGCUGAAAAAGACUCAUUGACAUUCUUAGCAAAUCACCUUGGAGCCAGUGUUCAGGAGUACUUUGUUCGCAAGUCCAAUGCAAAGAAAGGCAUGUUUGCCAGUACACAUCUUGUUUUGAAAGAGCCAGGUGGUUCUAAAUAUGAAGCUGCCAAGAAGUGGAAUUUACCAGCAGUCACUAUAGCUUGGCUGUUGGAGUCUGCUAGAUUGGGAAAGAGAGCAAAUGAAAACCAUUUCCUGAUUGAAAAUUCAUCUAAAGAAGAACAAAGUUUGGAAACUGAAACAACAAAUGAGGUGAAUCUAAAUCCAGAUACUCCAGAGCAUCCUGUAACACAUCGGGAAAUUCAGAGGAAAACAGCCGUCACACCUUUAGAUAUGAACCGCUUCCAGAGUAGAGCUUUCCGCAUGGUGGUGUCACAGCACUCCGGACAGGCUUCAGUCUCCCCGGCCCCAGGACAGUCACUUCAGAAGGAGCCCUCAUUACACCUGGAUACGCCGUCAAAGUUUCUGUCCAAGGACAAACUCUUCAAGCCUUCCUUUGAUGUGAAGGAUGCACUUGCAGCCUUGGAAACUCCAGGAGGUCCCAGCCAGCAGAAAAGGAAACUGAGUACACCACUCUCAGAAGUCAUCGUCAAAAACCUGAAAGUUGCUUUGGCAAAUAGCUCUCGAAAUGCUGUUGCUCUUUCUGCCAGCCCUCAACUGAAGGAUGCCCAGUCAGAAAAGGAAGACGCUCCGAAGCCACUUCAGAAGGUAGUGGUGUGUGUUAGUAAGAAACUCAGUAAGAAGCAGAGUGAACUAAACGGGAUUGCAGCCUCUCUAGGUGCAGACUACAGGUGGAGUUUUGAUGAGACAGUGACUCAUUUCAUCUAUCAAGGACGACCAAAUGACACUAAUCGGGAGUAUAAAUCUGUAAAAGAAAGAGGAGUACACAUUGUUUCAGAGCACUGGCUUUUAGAAUGUGCCCAGGAGUAUAAACAUCUUCCUGAAUCUCUUUAUCCACAUACUUAUAAUCCCAAAAUGAGCUUGGACAUCAGUACAGUGCAAGAUGGCCGACUCUGUAAUAACCGACUACCCUCAGCUGGCUCUCCAAUGAGGGAUGAUGAGCCAGAUCAUAUGCCUAUAGAAGAAAAUGAUAUAGACAAUAUGACCACCAGUAAUAAAGAACUAACAACAUCAAAUGGAAAUGGAAGGAAUGACUCUAAAGGAGCUCUGACACAGACUUUGGAGAUGAGAGAGAACUUUCAAAAGCAGCUUCAGGAGAUAAUGUCUGCAACUUCAAUAGUGAAACCCCAAGGGCAGAGGACUUCCCUCUCAAGAAGUGGUUGUAACAGUACCUCUUCAACUCCUGACAGCACCCGCUCUGCCCGCAGUGGACGAAGUAGAGUCCUAGAGGCACUGAGGCAGUCUCGUCAAACAGUACCUGAUAUCAACACAGAGCCCUCCCAAAAUGAACAGAUCAUUUGGGAUGACCCUACAGCCAGGGAGGAGAGAGCAAGACUUGCCAGCAAUCUGCAGUGGCCUAGUUGUCCCACACAAUACUCUGAGCUUCAGGUUGAUGUUAAAAAAUUGGAGGAUUCUCCUUUCCAGGAGCCUUUACAUGAUUCAGAAAUUGCUGAACAGGCUGUUUGUGAUCCCGGGAACAUAUGUGUGACUGGAGCCCCAAAACACCCGAUCUCUGAAGAACUGGAAACUCCAAUGAAAGACAGCCAACUGAUCCCUACGCCUCAAGCCCCCAGUAUUGCCUUCCCCCUAGCCAACCCACCUGUGGCUCCACACCCUAGAGAAAAGAUUAUAACAAUAGAGGAGACUCAUGAAGACUUAAAAAAACAGUACAUAUUUCAGUUGUCAUCUCUGAAUCCUCAAGAACGUAUUGAUUAUUGUCAUCUGAUUGAAAAACUAGGUGGAUCAGUGAUUGAGAAGCAGUGCUUUGAUCCCAGCUGUACACACAUUGUUGUGGGGCAUCCACUUCGCAACGAGAAAUAUUUAGCUUCCGUGGCAGCAGGAAAGUGGGUACUCCAUCGCUCCUACCUUGAAGCUUGCAGGACUGCUGGGCGCUUCAUGUCGGAAGAAGACUAUGAGUGGGGAAGUAGUUCCAUACUCGAUGUUUUGACUGGAAUCAAUGUACAGCAACGAAAAUUAGCACUUGCAGCAAUGAGAUGGAGGAAAAAAAUCCAGCAAAGACAAGAAUCAGGCAUUAUUGAGGGGGCGUUUAGUGGGUGGAAAGUUAUUUUACACGUUGAUCAGUCCCGAGAAUCAGGAUUCAAACGCCUACUUCAGUCAGGAGGAGCAAAGGUGCUGCCUGGUUAUUCUGUAUCUUUAUUUAAAGAAGCUACACAUCUCUUUUCUGACUUAAAUAAACAGAAACCAGAUGACUCAGGAGUUAAUAUAGCAGAAGCUGCUGCCCAGAAUGUAUACUGCUUGAAAACAGAAUACAUUGCUGAUUUUCUUAUGCAGGAAUCCCCUCCUCAAGUAGAAAAUUACUGUCUGCCAGAGGCUGCUGCUUUUCUUCAGAAUAAAAAGGAACCUGGGCCUGGAUUCUCACAAAAGAGGAAAGCUCCUACAGAAAAAAAUAAAAUCAAACGACCCAGAGUACAGUAAUUAUAUUUACUCAGUUACCAAAACAUUAAAUGUUUUUUAAAUUAAUAACUUGAAUAUGACUGUGAUGGAUUUGUAAUUUAAAGACAAGAACCUGGAGAAUUCAGCUUCAGGGUAGUGAUGAAGCUUGAAGUUAGUUUUCAACACCUGAAUUUUUAAUCACUGAAAUAUUAACUGAUCCUAAUAGAAAGUUACCUGAAAUAACAAAAUGUAGCUCCUCAGCUAGCUUGUCGUUAAACCGUAUUGAUGUGUGUAAGGUGGGUUUUUAUUUAUUUGCUUGUAAGUAUCCAAGUCUGUAGUUCAGUGGAAGUUUUAGCAAGAUGUUAGAUUUUGCCUUAAAAUGUCUGCUUUAAUUCGUAACAAGAAAGUUAUCAAUUAGGAUUCAUUCAUAUUUUCCCUGAUUUUUAGCUUCUCACCAUUUUACCUCUUCUUAACAGGAGCCUGAGCACAAGGUUUAAUGAGGAACUGAGGCUUUAAACUUAAGUGUGUGUGUAUAUAUGUAUAUGCAUGUUUGUACAAAUCUCCAUGAUGUUUGCCAAGUUUGGGGUCCAAAACUUGGAAAAUAAAGACAAUAAAGAAUAAACGUAGUGACUCAAAGUAGUUGUUCAAAUAGAUAAUUAAAAAA